AGUAGUAGUAGUAGUAGUAGUAGUAGUAGUAGUAGUAGUAGUAGUAGUAGUAGUAGUAGUAGUAGUAGUAGUAGUAGUAGUAGUAGUAGUAGUAGUAGUAGUAGUAGUAGUAGUAGUAGUAGUAGUAGUAGUAGUAGUAGUAGUAGUAGUAGUAGUAGUAGUAGUAGUAGUAGUAGUAGUAGUAGUAGUAGUAGUAGUAGUAGUAGUAGUAGUAGUAGUAGUAGUAGUAGUAGUAGUAGUAGUAGUAGUAGUAGUAGUAGUAGUAGUAGUAGUAGUAGUAGUAGUAGUAGUAGUAGUAGUAGUAGUAGUAGUAGUAGUAGUAGUAGUAGUAGUAGUAGUAGUAGUAGUAGUAGUAGUAGUAGUAGUAGUAGUAGUAGUAGUAGUAGUAGUAGUAGUAGUAGUAGUAGUAGUAGUAGUAGUAGUAGUAGUAGUAGUAGUAGUAGUAGUAGUAGUAGUAGUAGUAGUAGUAGUAGUAGUAGUAGUAGUAGUAGUAGUAGUAGUAGUAGUAGUAGUAGUAGUAGUAGUAGUAGUAGUAGUAGUAGUAGUAGUAGUAGUAGUAGUAGUAGUAGUAGUAGUAGUAGUAGUAGUAGUAGUAGUAGUAGUAGUAGUAGUAGUAGUAGUAGUAGUAGUAGUAGUAGUAGUAGUAGUAGUAGUAGUAGUAGUAGUAGUAGUAGUAGUAGUAGUAGUAGU